AUGAAGAUUAUGGCAAAGGGGAUGAUUAAGAGGACGGCGGAGAAGAAGGGCGUGCCGUGGACGAGGAGGUACGAAGAUUUGGAAGCGUCAGAGGUGUAUGAAAUCUUUCCAGAAAUCGAGAAUUGCUCUGUGGAGUACCCAUCGUACUACACUUUGCAGUUUCAUGGAUACGAGGAAGGGAACCUGAACUGGAAAGCAGCUUUUGAGGUGGAGAGUGCAACAGACGUCAUGUGUCUGAGGACAUGGAGGGACGAAGACAUCACACCUGAAGUUGCCACGACUAGGAUGAAAAAUAACAUUGCAUAUGCUGUGUUGGAAUACUCCAAAUCCGCACGGGCAGUUAAGGACGUUCUGGAUGUGGGCUGCUCUGUGGGGGUGAGCACACGAUGGCUUGCAGAGGCCUUCCCUUCCGCCUCCUGCACUGGCCUGGACCUCUCACCUUACUUCUUGAGCGUAGCAGAGCUUGUUGAAAGGCGAACUGCUGAUCAGCGGCCAGGGCGCCGGAUUAAGUACAUGCAUGCUAAGGCUGAGGCAACAGGGCUACCUUCAAAGUCUUAUGACCUGGUGAAUGUGCAGUAUGUGGUGCAUGAGUGUCCUGCUGAAGCCACGGUAAACAUUGUUCGAGAGGCCUGGCGGCUGCUCAGGCCAGGGGGCAUGCUGGCCGUCAUAGACCAGGACCCACGAUCGAGGACGCUGCAAAACCUCCCUCCCCUACUGUUCACAUUGUUAAAGUCGACAGAGCCCUGGUGUGAUGAGUACCUUACAAUGGAUUUGGAGGGGGUGUUCGAGUCAGAGGGAUUCAAGAAUGUGGCGUACGUUCCCGUCGACCAUAGGCACAGGUCCAUCAUGGGCAUCAAGAGGUGA